CUUUCUGCCUCGCUCUUUAUUGGGUGUGCUCGCUGCUCGUCUUUGUGCCGCAGCUCAGCCUCAGUGCAACCCACUCGCUCUCUCUCACUCUCGCCGCGGCUUAAAGCGCACACGGCACGGCGGGGGCGGCGGCCACUUCCACAUCGCCAUUAAUGAGCCUGGAGCAAGCCCCAUAGGCCGUAGUAGUAGUGCUACUAGCUUCAUCAGCUCCACCUCGCUCGGAAGAGAUCGUCUCGUCGAGCGAGGCCCUUUUUGCUCCCCCAAUGGAUUCUUGCCGCAGCUAGUGUUUCUUGGCGAUUCUUGCGGCGCUUUGGGAGCUGACCGGUGAAGAGCUCUCUUUGAGGCGAUGGGUUGGGCGUGGCGGAGGGAGCAGUGGGCGGUUGCAUGGCUGUCCGUGGCGGUUCUUGGGGCGGCGCUGGUGGGCGCCGCUGGCGCGUUCGAGGAGGGCACGGCGGUGUACAUUGUGACCAUGAAGCAGGCGCCGGUGUUCCACAAGCGCCUCGACCUGGAGAGGUUUGGGAGCAGCAGAGUCGCCGGCGGCGGCGGCGGCGGCGGGGGGGACACCCCGUCCACUAGCAUCCUCAUGAAGCCAAGGCAUGGUCCAGCCCAACCUAUGAAUUAUGGCUCGUACUUAGUUCGUCUUCAAAAUUCACUCUUGAAGAGAACACUGAGAGGAGAGCGCUAUAUAAAGCUCUACAGCUACCGCUAUCUGAUUAAUGGUUUUGCUGUUGUCAUCACUCCUCAGCAGGCAGAGAGGCUAUCUAUGACGAAAGAAGUGGCAAAUGUAAUGUUGGACUUCUCAGUUAGGACGGCAACAACUCAUACCCCUGAAUUCCUUGGUUUGCCACAAGGAGCAUGGGUUCAAGAGGGUGGCCCACAAUGUGCUGGUCAGGGUGUUGUUGUUGGCCUCAUCGACACAGGAAUCGAUCCAACUCAUCCCAGCUUCGCAGACGACUUGAUAACUGACAGUUAUCCUGUUCCUGCUCAUUACUCUGGCAUUUGCGAGGUUACAAAUGAUUUUCCAUCUGGAUCCUGCAACAGAAAACUUGUGGGAGCUAGGCAUUUUGCAGCCUCUGCAAUAACCAGGGGAGUGUUCAAUGCCUCUCAAGAUCAUGCUUCACCUUCUGAUAGUGAUGGUCAUGGGACCCAUACAGCAUCCAUAGCAGCUGGUAAUCAUGGAAUUCCUGUUGUUGUGGCUGGGCAUCAUUUUGGGAAUGCAAGUGGAAUGGCUCCUCGUGCACACAUUGCUGUCUAUAAAGCUCUGUACAAAAGCUUUGGAGGGUUUGCUGCUGAUGUAGUAGCUGCAAUAGAUCAGGCAGCUGAAGAUAAUGUUGAUAUAAUCAGCUUAUCCAUUACCCCAAAUAGAAGGCCUCCUGGACUAGCCACCUUCUUUAAUCCAAUUGACAUGGCUCUUCUUUCAGCUGUAAAAGCUGGCAUAUUUGUCGUGCAAGCUGCAGGAAAUACAGGUCCUUCCCCCAAGAGCAUGUCAUCAUACAGUCCAUGGAUUUUUACUGUAGGAGCAUCUGCCCAUGACAGGGAAUACAACAACUAUGUUGUACUUGGCAACAAUCUGACCAUUACAGGAGUUGGCCUUGCUCCUGGAACAGAUGGUGAUUCCAUGUUCACUCUAGUUGCUGCACCUCAUGCACUGAAAAACAAUGUAGCCAGUCCUACUGAAAUGUCCCUAGGGGAGUGCCAAGAUUCAAGCCACCUUGAUGAAGAUCUGAUAAGGGGAAAGAUACUGGUCUGCAGCUAUUCCAUACGAUUUGUACUUGGCCUGUCGUCUGUGAAGCAAGCUUUAGAUACUGCAAAGAAUGUCAGUGCUGCAGGAGUUAUAUUCUAUCUGGAUCCAUUUGUCAUUGGAUUCCAGCUGAAUCCAACUCCAAUGGAUAUGCCUGGACUUAUAAUACCAUCAUCUGAUGACUCUAAGGUAUUUCUAAAUUAUUACAAUGAGUCCCUUGUGAGAGAUGAGACCUCAAACAAAAUCGUCAGCUUUGGUGCAAUUGCAAAAAUACUAGGAGGCCAAAAUCCAAAUUAUGGUAUUUCUGCCCCAAAAGUAAUGUUUUAUUCUGCCAGGGGUCCUGAUCCUGAGGACAACUCACUGGCCAAUGCUGAUAUCCUGAAGCCAAAUCUGAUAGCACCUGGCAGUUCCAUUUGGGGUGCUUGGAGUUCUCUUGGAUUGGACUCUGCUGAAUUUGCUGGUGAAAGUUUUGCAAUAAUUUCCGGUACAAGUAUGGCUGCACCACACGUUGCUGGGCUUGCUGCUCUAGUCAAGCAGAAGUUCCCUUAUUUUAGCCCUGCAGCUAUAGGUUCUGCAUUAUCGACUACUACAAGUCUCAGUGACAGGGAGGGGAAUCCAAUCAUGGCACAGAGAACAUACGGCAAUCCAAAUUCAACUCAAUCUCCAGCUACACCUUUUGACAUGGGAAAUGGAUUUGUCAAUGCUACUGCUGCUUUGGAUCCUGGGCUCAUAUUUGAUUCCAGUUACGACGACUUCUUCUCCUUUCUAUGUGGCAUAAACGGCUCUGCUCCAGUAGUGAUGAAUUACACCGGCAACAGCUGCAGCUCCUCCGCCAUGACAGGGGCUGAUCUGAACCUCCCCUCCAUCACCAUUGCAGUGCUCAACCAGUCAAGAACGAUAACAAGAACUGUAACCAACGUGGCGAGCGACGAGCGCUACACGGUCAGUUACAGCGCCCCUUACGGGGUCGCCGUCUCCGCGUCGCCGGCCCAGUUCUUCAUCCCCAGCGGGCAGAGGCAGCAGGUGACCUUCGUCGUCAACGCCACCAUGAACGGCACCUCCGCGAGCUUCGGCAGCGUCGGCUUCUACGGCGACAAGGGCCACCGGGUGAUGAUCCCGUUCUCAGUUAUCUCCAAGGUUGUGCACCGUUCAUGAUUUGACUGAUGGAAGAACGCUGUAAUAUGGCAAAGGAUCUGCCUGAUCCGGCGUAUGCAGCGGGGGUAACUUUGACUGCCUGGGGCUUAACCUGACCGGAGAUUUUUUGUUGAUCUUGAUGUACAUUUUGAUGCAUGUCGGUGUAAGUAAGAUCAAGAUGAGUGAGUGGCUAAUAUCUGUAACUGUAAAGAGAAUGGUGUACCGGACUCCGUCCUUUCACGAAUGAGAAAUCAUGCUUUUUCUCAA